AUGGAUGCCGUGAUAGACCUGCUCCACAGCUCCGGGGUAGAGCUGGUGCAGUAUCUACAGAUGAACUACAGGGACUCCCAGAGCUGGUUCACCUUUAUCUCUUUCGCCGCUGACCUGAGAAACACUUUCUUUGUUUUCUUUCCCAUCUGGUUCCAUCUGUGUGAAGCCGUGGGUGUCAAACUCAUCUGGGUGGCCGUCAUUGGAGACUGGCUCAACCUCAUCUUCAAAUGGAUAUUAUUUGGCCACAGACCUUACUGGUGGGUUCAUGAAACGUCCUACUACAGCAACUCAUCAUUUCCUGUGUUACAGCAAUAUCCUAUAACUUGUGAAACAGGGCCAGGAAGCCCAUCGGGUCACGCUAUGGGGUCAGCUGGGGUUUGGUAUGUGAUGGUGACAGCAUUUCUGACCAGCACACUUCAGAAUAAGCAUGUUGCUUACACGAAGCCUCUCUUAUGUUCCAGGUGUCUCCGUUCAGUGCUGUGGACAAUAUUCUGGCUGAUGCAGCUCUGUGUCUGUGCAUCCAGAGUGUUUGUUGCCGCUCACUUCCCACAUCAGGUCUGCCUGGGAGUCACUUCAGGGUUGAUUGUGGCUGAAGCGUUUGGUCGGACUGAUGUAAUCUACAAUGUGAAGUUUACGCAGUACCUGAAGAUCACUCUGUCCUUGUUCUCCUUCGCUCUGGGCUUCUAUCUGGUGCUGAAGGUGCUGGGAGUGGACUUGCUGUGGUCAGUGGAGAAAGCCCAGAGAUGGUGCGCCCGAGCAGAAUGGGUCCACAUCGACAGCACUCCCUUCGCUGGUCUGGUCAGGAACAUGGGGGCCUUGUUCGGAUUGGGAUUAGCUCUCAACUCCCCCAUUUAUGCUGAGAGCUGCAAAGGGAAGAGGAGCCAGCAGUUCAGCUUCAGACUAAGUUGUAUAGUGGCUUCAUUACUCAUCCUGCAUCUGUUUGACUCAGUGAAGCCCCCGACCCAGACGGAAUUCCUGUUUUACUUUCUGUCUUUCUGUAAGAGUGCUGCUGUACCUCUGGCUGCUGUGGUAUUUGUUCCAUACUGUGUGUCACAAAUUGUAAACCGAGAGGAGAAGAAAAAGCUUCUAUAG